GUGUAAAGUGACAAGUAGUCAGCGAGGGGAGAGGGACGCAAGCGGGAGCUAGUGCGGGCGCUCCGAACCACCUGUCAGGCGUCCGUGGUCGACCUACGCAAGCAGCGUGCUAGGGGAAUGGGUUUGUGGUCUAGAAACCUCUACUGAAGAAUAACUAGCGGCUAAGCCGGACUUAGAGGCGUUUAUUUUGCGGUUGUCUGCGCCAUUCAGCGAUAUAAGGACGCCAUUCUUCCACGUGCAGCGUUGUCAGAACGGGUUUUAGCCUGGAUUUGUUGAAAUUGUUCGUCCGUUUUUGCAACGUUCCACGAAACCAGGGGUUUUCAAAAGACGCGUUCCCGAACAGCUGUUACGUCGCUUUGGAGAAGUUUGGAACGUCGGAACAAACAAAACUGUACCAUACCACCACCGCUGAACUUCAGAUAGGCCAGGCUUUGACGCGACAACGGGCAAGAACUAGUCAAUUUGGGACAUUUCGACGUCAGGCGUAGUCACACACCUGUUGACGACAAGCACAGAAUAUUUAGAAGAAUUCCGUCAUAAAAAGAACGUGCCUCAGAAUUUCCUGGUUACAAUCGAACGUCAACUUGGAGACCAGAGUAAACAAGCGGUAAAAUUUAGGAGGUGCCGGGAGUUCAUUCUACUCGCGAUAGCGGGACAAACUUCAGUUUGUAUUAGUCGCACGGGGCAGGGAAGUCAAAGUUUGGCGACACUAAUCGGUGUGGAAGGAGCGCCAUGCCGGGGGAACAGUGUAAGCAGCGUCUGAGGAGGCUGAUGGGAACAGACGUGGUGAGGAUUAACGACCAGAGAUACAUGGAGAAACUACGGGACAGGAUCGUAGCCGAGUAUGAGGCUGAAAUCGAGAAGCGAGAGUCCCAGCUUGUGCUGAAUGAAAGAAAGCGGGAGCGUCGCCUGGUCCUGCAGGGCCUGAUGCCGCCCGAGUGCCCGUGCCAGGAGCUGUUCGUGCCCAGCCUCAGGAAAAAGUGCAAGUGCAACUGUAACAAACAGAAGAAAAAACUCAAGAAGAGAAAAACGUCCACCCACACCAGCAGCAGCCACGACGGCAGUACAACAAUAGAAAACCAGAGCACGUCGAGCUCGAGCGUGCGGAGCUACAAGUCCUCCUCCCGGCCGGGCCGGAGACCAUCGCUGGAGGAGUCCUUCAUGAGUCUCAUGAUCGACGAAGAGGAAGAAAAAGAAAAGGCCCCGGCUGCCCCCCAGCCAGCUCCCACCUACUCCGGCACGUCCUUUUGGCGCAGGAACCGCCGCAGCAAUCACUACCAGCCCGCAGUCAUAGACCAGAUGGAGAAGGAACAGACUGUAGCCGGUCUCUAUCGCCUGGCGGAAAAGAUCAUCAUUCUCUGACGUCACGAACUCUCGUUCCCAGGCUGAAACCACCUGUUACUAGCGCUUCACGCCAAGCAUACGGCAUAUAUACUUUUUACCUAAUAAUGUUAUAUUUCUCUGAGUUCUCAUACGUUUUGAAAAUAAAACGCACUAAAAGUAGCAGAAACUACCACUGUCAAUUUUGUUGUAACCGUGAGUUGAUGAUAGGAGAGGGAUUAAAAGUAGCUGAAUACAAAAUGCAUGUAACUCAUACGUUUUGACGGCAGCGCCAUCUAGUGUAAUUUAAUGAUAUUGCAGCAUAUUGCAUGCAGUUUGAUUUACCAGCGAAAAAUGUACUUCGCGGAAAACGGAUGCAUGGAAAAGCUGUAACUGUUGAGUCUGCAUUGAAAAGAAAAUAAAGACUACUUUACAAUA